GGUACAUAUGUUUAUUUACAUAGUUGAUCGGUCGUCCCGGCUGUCAGAUGUGUAGUGCUACCAGUGUGAGUUUGUGUGCGUGUUUUUGCGACAAAGUGAACAUAGGCAAAGGGCAUUGUAGCGGACAGCCGGAACGCGAUACGGGUAUCAUCAGCAUCAACAUAUCACCCCACUACGACGGUUUAUGAACGUUGAUCUGCUCCAACGAGCACUGUCUGGCGAGAUCUUGAUACGCUUAUCACCUGUGAGUGCAGUAAGUUGCCGGUCCUAUCAAACAUACAGUCCAGCAAGUCAUUGGGAGUAUCGAGAGACAAAUUGAACAAAAUGGCUAUGUUUGUUCUGCGAAAUUUCACCCGCAAUAUGGCCACGGCAGCUAAGAUUAAUAAUGUGGUCGUCAUUGGCGGUGGGCUGAUGGGUUCCGGUAUUGCCCAGGUUGCGGCCGCCACCGGACACAAUGUGACGCUAGUGGAGAUGAAUGAUGGACUCGUGGAGAAGGCCGUUGGAGGCAUUCGCAAAAGUCUGGAACGUGUGGCCAAGAAGCAGUUCAAGGAUGAUGCCGCCAAGGGGAAACAGUUUGUGGAAGGAACGUUGGCAAAAAUUAACGGCGCCACCAAGCCGGAAUCUGCCGUCCAGGGUGCGGAUCUCGUUGUGGAAGCGAUCGUCGAACGGAUGGAUGUGAAGCAUCAGCUGUUUACCAAGCUCGAUGAAGCUGCCCCCGCUCACACAAUCUUUGCCAGCAACACUUCCUCACUGUCGAUCGCGGAGAUCGGGUCGGUGACGAAGCGACAGGAUCGAUUCGGUGGACUACAUUUCUUCAACCCGGUCCCGGUUAUGAAGUUGCUCGAGAUCAUCCGCACUGACCAAACGUCCGAUGAAACGUUCCAGGCACUGCAGGGCUUCGGGCAGCAACUGGGAAAGGCCUGCAUUACCUGCAAGGAUACGCCCGGAUUCGUGGUAAACCGGUUGCUUGUUCCGUACAUGGCUGAAGCGGUCCGGUUGCUCGAACGUGGCGAUGCAUCGGCCCGGGACAUCGAUACGGCGAUGAAGCUUGGGGCUGGCUAUCCCAUGGGACCGAUCGAGCUGCUCGAUUAUGUUGGGCUGGACACGACCAAUAACAUUCUGCAGGGCUGGCACGAAAAGUUCCCAGACAACCCACUAUUUGUGCCGAUCAAAACGCUCCAGCAGCUAGUUAGCGAGGGCAAGCUGGGUGUUAAAAGUGGCGAAGGUUUCUAUUCGUACAAGAAGUGAGCACCGUGAUUAUUCACGCCGUCGCGAUUAAAUAAAAGCAUUCUACCUACUUAGCGCCAAUCA